UGCAGAGUUCUAGGCGUUUGAACACACCCCUGUCAAACUUGUACCAGUGGGGCGGAGGACAGCCUAAACUUAACUUGAGGAGACGGGGCCACGGAAGUAGGCUACAAAGUAACAGUUUGGCAGAUGACAUUGCAAGCAGAAAAAGGGGGAAAUGUCUUCGGGGUACAAAUCUUGGAUACUGCUUACAGGUUUUAUACUGUUCUAUGUUGCUUAUCUGUUGCUCGGAGCGCUCGUUUUCUCCACCAUCGAACGGCCGGUGGAGGACAAACUAAAAAGUGACAUACAAGUCCUGAAAGAAGAGUUUCUCAACCAAAGUUGCGUCAAUGCAACAUCACUUGAAAACUUUUUGGAGAAAGUUUUACAAGCCAAUAAGUAUGGAAUAUCUAUCCUUCCGAAUUCUUCUGCGAGUUCAAAUUGGGACUUGGCUUCUUCUUUGUUCUUCGCCAACACUUUAGUAACGACAGUCGGAUAUGGGCACACUACGCCCCUGUCGGACACCGGCAAAGCCUUCUCCAUCUUCUAUGCCCUGCUGGGAGUGCCCUUCACCAUGCUGGUGCUCACCGCCUGCGUCCAGAGGCUCAUGCACCCGGUGACCUACGGGCCCAUCGACAUGUGCCGCCAGAGGAUCGGCCUGGACCCUCUCGCCGCCACUGCCGUCCACUUUGCAAUCCUGCUGCUGCUGGUGGUGCUGGGAUUCUUCGUGGUACCCGCCGUGGUUUUCAGCCACAUCGAGGACACCUGGUCCUUCCUGGACGCCAUAUACUUCUGCUUCAUCACGCUGUGUACCAUCGGCCUGGGCGACUACGUGCCCGGCGAGAAGCCCGGACAGAAGUUCAGGUCGCUCUAUAAGAUCUCUGUGAUGGUGUACCUGUUUCUCGGGCUGAUGAUGAUGUACCUGGUCCUGCGUGCCUUCCACCGGAUGGCCGACCUGCAUGGCCUGACUUCUUUCUUCCAGCUCCCCCACUGUGACGAGGAUACAGAGGAGGAUAAGGAGCCCAUUAUCGAGGCCGACCCUGAGGACCAGCAUGAGGCAGAGGCCUCGGCCAAGCCCCUGGAUCCAGCCUCCCAGACCUCCUAUAACACCAUCAACCGAUAAGGACUCACUCCACUCUGGACUGUUCUCCUUUACAUAAGUCAGGUGAAACAGCUAAACAGUCACUGUUUUACAGCAACACGGGAUGAGUUGAAAACCUGACCAUACUUAGGCACCAAAGACUAUCGUUACUGCUGUGAGGCAACUCACGGCUCAGGUCAGACCUUCCUGCUACGACAGCUCAACUGAACCAAAAAGAAACAGAACUCUACAGAUGUCCCAGUGCACCCAGUUAACACUUGGCAGGGGUUGUUCGUCAAGGUGGGAGAAGGUUGUUGUUCCAUAACCUGUAGAGAACACUUCUGGUUGGGACUGAUGAGGAUUAUUUGUCACUUUUUGAUGUUGUUUCAGAUAUAUAUAUAUAUAUAUAUAUAUAUAUAUGUGUGUGUGUGUGUGUAUGUAUAUAUAUGUACAUACAUAUAUACACACACACACAUAUACAUAUAUAUAUAAUGUGUGUAUGUAUGUUUAUCAUAUACUGAUAUUUUCUUGUGGAUGUAUUUUCAUGUACACUUUUGUGGUUUUAGGUCAGAGUUGAUCAAGGAAGGUCGUACAGAAAUAUUGGAUGUUUCCAAAUCAAACAAACUCAUUAUAGUGGCCAUCUUUGAAAGAGUUUGUUGCCCCUCCCCAGUAAUUAAGUGAAAAAGCAAUUGCUUGAGACUUUGUCUUGAGUCAUAUGAUGGAGCACAUUCCCAGGACCCCUAUGGCUUUGUUUUUGCCUGUUGUGUAACAUGAUCGUGUGUUUCAAAUACAUUAAGUAUAUCAUCUGAAGGAUAACAAAUUUAGGGAAUAAAAGGAUUGAAAAUAAAAACUAAGUAUCUGUGUUCUGAUGUGUAGUUGACUAUAGUUAAAUAUUAGGAUUUUCUGUCAUUGUGAAAGUAAUGUACUUUAGCAUAUGAAGUUUGUCAGUUGCUACAUUGUUCAAGCUGGACAAUGUAAAAACAGACAAUAAUGUAAUAGCUUUUUCAUUUACAAUUUAAUAAAUGCCGAUAAUGUAGAUUGCCAAUGUUUAAAAUGCUAAAGUUUUUGUGCAUAAUGUAAUUAUUACAUUAUCCAUUGAUUAUCACAUUGAAGUGGGUAACUUAUAAAUAUAAUAAUUUUAACCAAUGUAAUAACAAAAUUACUCAACUAAA